AUGCCACCACCUCGCUCUAGACUCCACUGCCCUCGACUCCGCGACACAUCUCCGCUCUCAUCUCAUCUUCGGUCAGUGCAGCGGGUCUCCCUCCUUCUAUCGUUCCUCCCAGCCCCCACGUCUCUUCGAGGUGCUCCUCUCGCUGCCUCGAACUUGACCUUCCCGCUCCUCCACCCCUGCACUGCCGCUCCCUCCUGCUGUGCUCACCCACAAGCUCGGUCCCUCGACAGAAAUUGCUGGAUCGGAUCGGUGCUGCUUCUCAGGCGAGGUCAUUGUGCUGCACAUGCGCUGGCAAACAACACCGUCUCUGGUUUUGUUUCCCAAUACUCGAGACGUCCUGCUCCCCUUGGCUUCCACUGUGCCGCUGGCUUGCUCCACUCGUCUUCCACAGCGCCGCUGGCGCCCGGCAGCCACCCUCCUCCAACCACCAUCCAUCAGGGCACGACGCUCCAAGCACGUCCUCCGGAUGCCCCCUCCUCUUGCCUACUCCCUGUGAAGCGCCCGACCGUCUCCCUCCUGCCCCAUCCGUCCAGGGGAUCUUGGGAAGCACCUGAACAAUCGGCUCAUCUGCUUGCCACCGUCAUGGACACCGCCGUGGCGCUGCCCAUUGCUCUCGGUGCAGCGACGGCGGAUGAUCUAUCUCCCAUGCCUCCGUCCUCAAUCUCACUGCAGCCAGGGGUAUACACGGCUGUUGGGAGCCGUCCAAGUCGAGCUCUGACCGCAGUCCAAGUGGGACUGCGACCACCAUCUAAUGUAAGCUAUUCAGUAUGUCUAAUUCCCAAUCGUAAGUACGAUUCCCUUUAUGUUUUCCAUUUUCUUCCUAUAACACAAAACAUGCACUGUAGGAUGAAAAUGAGAAGAUAUACUAAAAGAAAAUGUGUGGUGGCGCUGUCCGUGUUUUCAAUUUAAACCACUAGCUUUUUUAUACACAAAAAAAUCUGCAAGUAUCUUUGCUACUGUGUGUUUCUAAUUGAACCAUGCAAAUUUCAUUUCAUGGCAUUCGGCAAAAUUGCUACUGUGUGUUUCUAAUUGAACCGCCGCCCCGAGAAUCCCCGCUGAGCUCGUCCGUAGCCCCGGCCCUCUUCGGGGCCACCCAGGUCCACAUCGCGGGGCCGCCGUGUUCUCUUUGCCGCCAUCCAGGUCCGACGAGCCGCCGCACGCAGGAUCCCAUGCGUGCUAGCCUCGGUGCUGGCCCUGCGCGAUGGCACGGCAUCAUUCACUGCCGCCACCAUGGGUUGUUCAAUGACACAGCAUCGAGUCGUUCGACACCGCAGCUCAGAAGUUUGCCUCCUUUCCCAACCUCCACUAUGCUGGGGUGCUGGCAGCCGUCCAAGUGGAGCGUUGACACUAGUACAAGUAGAAUCGUGGGUUGCGGACAACAUCUUCACCAAGCACUGCACAUCCAUCCAAGUCGAGCACACACACAGGGAGAACACACCAGCCCCUUUGCUUUGCACAUUGCUUGCUUAUGCAUGACUGCUGAUGGAUGCAGCAAGCGUUUAUAUUAGUUUGAUCUUGUGCAAGACUCAAUUUUGUCUCGGUUUUCAUGGAUGCUAGCUGGCAAUACGUCCAACAUUCUUGGGGCGAUAGCGGCCACCACUAAGGGCAUUUGCGUCCAGCACUCGAGCUACAUGCUCGACGGUUGCACA